CGGACCCUGCAUUCACUAUAUCUGGUCUCCCCUGACCCUGCAUUCACUAUAUCUGGUCUCCCCAGACCCUGCAUUCCCUAUAUCCAGUCUCCCCGGACCCUGCAUUCACUAUAUCCGGUCUCCCCGGACCCUGCAUUCACUAUAUCUGGUCUCCCCGGACCCUGCAUUUACUAUAUCCGGUCUCCCCGGACCCUGCAUUCACUAUAUCUGGUCUCCCCAGACCCUACAUUCACUAUAUCAGGUCUCCCCGGACCCUGCAUUCACUAUAUCUGGUCUCCCACAGUACACACAACAUGGAAAUGCAAUUAUUUUAGUAAAUAUAAACUGCUA